AUGGUCAUUCAAAAAAUUAUUGAUACUAAUGAAAGCGAUAGUGAAAAUAAUAGUGAUAGUAUACUUCCUUCAACAACUAUAUCAACCAAUACUAAAAAAAAAAUCAAAAAAAGAAAGAUUAAAAGUCGAAAAAGUUUUGUGUGUGAUUAUUUCAAAGUAAUUGGAAGUAAAUAUGUAUGCCAAAUUAUAAUUAAAAAAUAUGUAAUUGAUAAAAAAUGUGAAGCUGAAUAUCUUCAUGAUAAUUCUAUAUCAAAUAUGAUUGUACAUCUACAAUCAUCACAUAAUAUUGUUGAUCCCAAAAAAUUAAAUGCUGAAAUUCAACGAGCACAGCAAACUAUAUUACCUAAAAUAGUUAAAAAUGAUAUUCCAUACAAAGGCAAUAAACUUGAUGAAUUAAACAAGACAGUUGUUGAAUGGAUAAUUCUUGACAACCAACUAUUAUCAGCACCAAGAAAUAAAGGUUUUCGUCAUAUGAUAGCAAAAGUUGAUCAAGAUUUCGUCCACCUUCAGAUAGAACAAUAA